UCAAGUGUGUAAAAAAUGGCUGCGCCCAUAGCGCAAUAUCGUUUUUAUACAACAGUGUGCAAGUAAUAUCAUAAUCCAAUGGGAUAAUCAUGUAUUUUACAUUUAAAUAUCAUCCAAACAUAAAGAAUUAUUUUGUUAUUAAGUUCAUGUAGUUGGAUUGUACAUCGGUUCAAGAUGCAGAAUCUAAAUAUGGCUGUAUGUAUCUAACAAAUUAACUAUGAGCCUUCUAGAGUAUGAACAACAGAUUUUUCUUGAUGCUUUCCACGAGGAUGGUCUUCUUGUCACAGCAAGGGGACUUGGUUUGGAGAGGAUUAUCACAAGCUUCCUGAAAGUAUACUGUGAUGCUGCUAAUCUUGUCCUUGUUCUCAGUACGUUAAGUCUUGAUGAGGAAUAUUAUAUUGAAGAACUGGAGAAAGACAAUGUUUCACCACUUCCAAAAGUCAUCACUAAUGAAUAUAAUGCUUCAGACAGACAGAAGCUGUACUUACAAGGAGGUGUCUUGUUUAUAACAUCACGUAUACUUGUCGUGGAUCUUCUAACAGAUCGUGUACCCAUAGAAAAUGUGACUGGAAUCAUUGUCUGUCGGGCACAUAGGAUUGUUGAGUCAUGCCAGGAGGCCUUCAUUCUCAGACUUUACAGACAGAAGAAUAAGACUGGUUUCAUCAAAGCAUUUUCCCACAAUGCAACAGCGUUCACAGCUGGCUUCUCUCAUGUUGAGAGAACAAUGAAAAAUCUGUUUGUAAGGAAACUGUUCCUGUGGCCAAGAUUCCAGGCUAAUGUACAAGAAACAUUGGAAAAACACAAGGUUGAUGUUGUAGAGAUACAAGUACAGUUAACUAAUACCAUGGUGGCAUGUCAGGCCGCCCUGCUGGACCUGCUCAAUGCUUGUAUCAAAGAACUGAAGAGAUGUAACACAGCAAUAGAUUCUGAGGAGAUUACAGUGGAGAAUGCUAUUUCUAAAUCAUUUGACCAGAUGAUCCGACUUCAGCUGGACCCUGUGUGGCAUCAGUUAGGACCAAAAACCAAGCAGCUUGUCUCAGAUAUCAAGACACUCAGACUUAUACUCGGACACUUAACCCAGUAUGACUGUGUUACAUUUUACAACAUGGUGAAUUCUGUGAGAACCAGUGAGAAAACAUUUGGACAGAACACAGGCUGGCUGUUCCUAGAAUCAGCUGAUAAUUUAUUUAUUCAUGCAAAAAGCAGGGUAUAUGGAGACGAAGAAAGUCGGAAAAAGUUAAAGAAAGAAAGCAAGCAAAAGGAUGUGCCAUUACUAGAACCAUGCCCUAAAUGGGAAGCCCUAGCUGAGGUUAUGGAGGAAAUCUCGGAACACAACAAGAAAGCUGAUGAGAAACUAGGCCAUGGUAGGGUCCUCAUUGCUGCAGAGGAUGACAGAACCUGUUCUCAGAUUAAAGAGUUCCUAUGUGAUGGUAGUCAAAGCCUGUUGGCAAGGUUGUUUAACAAGUCCAUAGCAACAAAAGGGGAAUAUCUAGAGGAAGUUAAGAAGAGACCAAUUGGAAAACGAAAGAAACAGAAGAUAUCAAAAGAUCCUGACAAUGUUACUUUGACACAGAUGGUGGGAAAAACUGCUGAAAAUGGAGAUGUAAAGGAAGGUGAAGAGUUACCUUUUACAUCAGGAGAUGCCUACUAUGGUGUGUUACCAGACCCUGUUACUAUUAUACACCCUCUGCAUGGCUGCUCAGACCCAUUCAGUCUGGUACGAACCCUAAAUGAGGUUCAGCCAAGAUAUAUUGUGCUUUAUGACCCAGAUAUGGAAUUUGUGAGACAGAUAGAGGUGUACAGAGCUACAACUCCAGGUAGUCCUCUACGAGUAUAUUUCCUCAUGUAUACAGGAUCAGUGGAGGAACAGAGAUACCUGACUACUCUUAGGAAAGAGAAGGAGGCGUUUGAAUAUCUUAUCAGAGAAAAAGCGACUAUGGUUAUCCCUGAGGAGAGAGAGGGCAAGAUGGAAAAUGAUCCUAAUUUGACAAGGGAUGCAACUCCAGCUGGCGCAAAAGCAAAUACAAGAAAAGGGGGACAACCCGGUCAGAACCAGUCGCAGAACAAGGUGAUAGUUGACAUGAGAGAAUUUAGAAGUGAACUGCCUUCAUUGAUUCAUAGAAGAGGUAUGGAUAUAGAACCAGUUACAUUAGAGGUUGGAGAUUACAUUCUCACCCCAGAUGUCUGUGUCGAGCGUAAAAGUGUCUCAGAUCUGAUUGGUUCCCUGAAUAAUGGUAGACUGUACAAUCAGUGUGUAUCUAUGUGUAGAUACUAUAAACGUCCUAUACUCCUGAUUGAGUUUGACCCGAAUAAAUCAUUUUCUCUCCAGGGAAAGUAUCAGAUGUCAAAUGAUGUAUCAGUUCAAGAGACAACCACUCGACUUACUUUACUAACACUUCACUUCCCUAAACUGAGAGUACUUUGGUGUCAGAGUCCAUAUGCUACUGCUGAACUGUUUGAAGAAAUCAAAAUGGGCAGGGAGCAGCCUGAUGCAAAUGAAGCUAUGACGGUAUCCUCUGUGGAGGAUAUAGAGUGGUCAGAUAAAUACAGUCAUCAACCACAGGACAUGCUGUUAAGAAUGCCAGGAGUGAACUCAAAGAACUACCGUCAGAUUAUGAAUAAAGUUCAGGAUCUUGCAGAGUUGUCUACCAUGAGUGAAGUAGAGUUGACAAGCAUUAUGGGACAUUCCCAGAAUGCAAAGCAGUUAUGGAACUUCCUGCACAAAGAACACAAUCCAUCAGAUAAUGCUACUUCUACUAAAACUGCUAAAUCAGAAGCAGGGAAAAGAUGGAACAAAAGAAAAAGAUGAUUCUGAUUUUAGCAUUUGAUGAAUCUCUGAUCUUUGGGCUCAUUCUGUGAUACAUAAUUAAUACUAAUUAUACAUAAAUUUAAUUCAGGGUAGUAUUUAAGACUUGAGAAAUGUUCUAUUGAUGAAGUUGUUUCAAAUUUUGCAGUAUAGAUAAAGUUUUUUUCAAAUUUCUUAUGCAACUUUACUACCAUCUAUUUCGUAUUGAAUAAUGGCAAAGAAAGUCCUAUGAUUUUUAAGUGUUGAAUCAGUGUGUGUUCAGCUGUUGUAACUCAGGAGAUAAACUGACUGUUGUGAUACAGGUAAUAAACGCUUGUUUAGAUAAAUAAAAUUUUAAUGCUAAGGCGACAAUAAAAUAAUUACUAGAUUUUCAUCCCCGUCCGCCCCCUCUUCAAACCUCCCACCCUCUAAAUUUUAUUUAACCAAAAAACGAAAAUGUUCAACUGAGGUCCGUAUCUGUAAGAGUACCAGUCCAGUACGGCGUUUAUUCUUACCAAUAAUAUCCGGUGGUAUAUUAGUAAACAAAAACAGCUGGAGAUGGGAAUCGGCAAAAAUAACAAUGGUUUUCUUAAUUGUUCAGGCCUAAAAAGGCCAGAAAGUUUUAAAAGAUUGGCAUGCCUGCCGUUUUAGCGACGACAAUACGUUGCUUGAUCUAUUCAACGAUUUUGUAUUGGGAAAAUUAGAUAGAAAGACGUCUGUUGCAGACGAUUUCAACAGUUGUAUCCGUGUUUUCUGGUGGAAGUAAACAUGACCAAACAGUGUGUAACCUAUUGACUAGACUUUCAGAUGUGGUUUCAUUUCUUGGACCGUAUAUAAAAUUUCUGAUGACAAUGAGUCCAGUGCAGACACUGAGAAAAGUGCCAAAACGGACGCUUUUACCAUUCUUAUGUUGCCUGCAUCUAGGAAUGCCUCGAAUCAACCAGCUAAGUAUCAAAAUGUGACAAACAUUUACACUUAACACAUGAUUUUUGCUUCUUUAAUCAAAAUAAUUGAUCUGUACAGUCCCUAUAGCAAGAUAUAAAGAGUAUAGAUACAUAUUCAAUCAUAAAAGCGUCAGCUAAGAAAAAUAAAAAAUAUAAUGUCACCCCCUCGCCCCCAUUUAGGAAAAAAUUUGGAUGAAAAUCUAGCAAUUAAUUUAUAAUGGCCUAAGUAAAACAUAUCAUUGCAUAUAUUAACUUAAACUAGCUGAUACCUCCACCAUUGUAACUCCAUUAUUGUUUACUAUUGUCUUAGAUUAUUGAUAUUCUUGUGCUCUUGAUAUUUAUUGAACAUGUUCUGACUACUUUAUACGUAUUUUUUGUCACCAAAUGAUAUUUGACAUGUGUUCAUAAACAGAAGAAAAGAAAGGGUAUUUAUAUGGACAUUUUGAAAAAUACAAGAAUGUUCCGGCAUUAAUUUUUGGGACAUCAUUCAUUUUGUUUUGUUUUGAAAUCGAUUGUUGGUUGUAUCGAUGUAGAUGUAGAUGUAGAUUUUCUGUUCUCAGGCAAAUCACAUUAACUUUACACAACCAUAUUUUAUCAUAGUGCUUGCUAAAGAAUUAUGAAUUAAUAUGCUGCCAUGUUUAUUUUAUUGAUACCUACACAUUUUUUUUAUAAAAUAAAACCCAUGAAUUAAGAGACAUUUGUCCAUGUUAUGCAUUUUUACCUACAAAGUGUGCACAUAUUUUUUGUAUGUAAAGUGGACUGAAGUUUAGAUAGUGUAAAAAUAUUCUUGCUACACUAUGAGUGAAUGCAUGAGCAAUGCAUGUAAAUGUUUGGAAUGCAUGAUGUAGUGUAAAUUUCACCACUAAAUUAAAGACGUUUUUGUAA